AUGAACAACGACCCGCAACAACCGACCGAUAACGCGACCGUUUCGCCCGCAAUAGACGCGGUCUCCAAUUUCCGCCUCCCGACAUUUUGGAGUCAAUCACCCACAUACUGGUUUAACCACGCAGAAGCUAUGUUUGCCGCCCAACGCAUCACCUCGAACGCGUCGAAAGUGCAUUACGUCGUCGGGGCACUGGACCAGACGAUAAUCCGAAUCGUCGGCGACCUACUCGGAACAUCCGCGUCAUACGAAGCAAUUCGCACGCGGCUCAUCGAAGCAUUCGCAACGCCAAAUUCCGCUAAGUACCGAGAUCUCGUCCGACCCGGAGGCUUAGGCGACCGACGACCGUCACAACUGCUCCGCGAUAUGCGUAGUGAUGUGCCACCAGGCAUAGGCGAAGAAGCUCUGAAGGAGUUCUGGCUGCAAAGACUGCCAUCAAGCGUCAGAGUCGCCCUCGUCAGCUUGGACGCCUCGCUCGACACGCUAGCCUCGCGUGCAGACCUUAUCAUGGACGCUUCCAACCCGUUGGACGUCGACGCAGUAAGCAGAAAUCAAUCCGCGGACCUCGCUGAAACCGUUGCCGCACUGGCAAAGCAGAUGCAGACAUUAACGCAAUUGGUCAGCUCAUCCUUGGGACCUCAGCGACAACGACAACGAUCCCCAGCACGAACAAGCCAACCGCCGCCGUCUCGAAAUUGCUAUUAUCACGAAACAUACGGCACCGAUGCUCGCAAGUGUCGUCCGCCGUGCAAUUUCCGGCCGCAGAACAACAACGACUCCACGCCUGCGGAAAACUAG